AUGGACCAGCCUACAGGAUCCUCGGAAGCAACAGAACGCGCGGUCUCUUCUGAGCCUAGCUCAACCAGACCAAACCCCUUCACUGAGGGCGACGACGCCUCCAGAAAGCGGCGCCGUACUUCCAUGUCUGGAGGCUCCCGAAGCCGAUCUGUGGAAAGCACUAGGCCGGGGCUCGACAACUCAAGCUCUCCAGCUACAGACACCCUCGCCGAAGAUCUCAAUACCCAGGAAUCCGCCAUGAAGAUAGAUACCGGGCCUUCCACUCCGCAAACACCUGAGUUGCAAUCAACAACCCUCGAGCCGCCGAUAGAACCCCCCUCGAGCCGUGUUACGAUAAACCUGCGCAAUGCCGCCCAACUUGCCCCUUCCUCCUCGUCCCCAACCUCGCCGACGCCGCGAACGUUAUCGAGCCAGCCGACCGAUCCUUCGGAAGGCGUCAAGAAGAGCGUUGAGGACUUGGAGGAAGUUGACAUGAUACAAGCUCCGAUAGAGAUCACAGAUACCCCGCCGUCUACAUCAUCGAGCAUGCAGAGUCCCGAAGUUGAGGUGGUUGCCAUCCCAGACGAUGACCAGGAUGCUCCUUUCGACGACGAAGUCAGCAUUAUCAGAGAAGAUACGUCUCCUCUCGAUCCGACCGCCGACUUCCCAUACCAUGAGCCCAAUGAGCCGCUGCAAGAAACGGUAUCCAAGCUAAUUAACUACCUCUCUCCGCCCCAAGUACCGCCAGAUGAAGCCGUGCUAGACUCCUUACGAACUUGGAUGAUAUCAUACAUAAGAUAUGUGGGCACUGUUGGUGUCAAGGCUGCGUACGAGACGCACACUGCUUACCAUAACUUCUGGCAUAUGUUCCCAGAGCUUGCGUGGAUGAUAUCUAACAAGAAACUAUCGGUGACGCGGGACACCCGGCAUGCCAUUACCGAGUUCUUCCUCGCAUACUCUAAACUGGCCUCUUUCUUCGUCGAGUUCGAUUAUCUGACUGCUCAAGCGUUCCAAAUAGCCCCGGAAUCUGAGCGUCGGCAGCCAGAUUUUCUGCUUGGUCGUUAUGUGCCGCCCCUAAUGUCCUUCGCCCGAAGAGAAGAGUCACGAUCGCAGAACGGGCAGUUGUCUGAUGAGGAGAACUACUGGUCACGGUCAAGUGACAUUGCGGAGAUGAUGAAUCUGUUUCAGUCAGAAUCUGGUAGCAUCAAGGGGCUGAGCAAGCUCACGCAGGUGCAUCUGAACAAUGCCCCAAGAUACCAGCACUUGAUGGAUGUGCUAUUGCCAAUCGCUAAUAUCACGGCUCUUGUCCUUCAAAAGACGAUCCAAGCCGUGCGCGCUCAAGCAAUACCCGAAAAUAUUGAAAUCGCAAAGGCAAGACUGGCCGAAGGCCAUGUGCUUUACGACAUGGUUUCCGGCGCCUUAAAUACCAUUAUCGAGAGGAACGUAACUCAGCUCUCCAACGAGACAUCAGCAGCAAUCAUAACUGCCCUGUCCGAGAUUCUCAAGUAUUCAUUGAACGGUGACGAUGAGUUGGCGACCGAAAGACUGAAAGCUCACCGGCAGCGCUAUCCCCAAUUACCUUCCAAGUUCACCCCGGAAGCUAUCUCAUUAGAAUGGCGGCUCAGCAUGCUUGGGAAACUCAUUACGUCCAGUCAGAUGCAGCUGCGCGUUAUGGCAGCCUCAACAAUGUGUCAUGAUUUGGUGACCUGCUGGAAAAAAUACGGCGACAAUGAAGAAGAUAGCAACCAACUCCUUACGUAUGUUGCAGAGUAUCUUCUCCGUACCAAGCUGGUCGACUACAUUCUCGGACCGACUUGUCACCCUGAAAUCACGCUGGAAAGCGGCAACAUUGUUGGCUUCCUGGUGGUUACGCGCUUUUACCGCAACGAGCAAUCCGACUUGCUUUGGCAAACGAUCACAACAACCCAAGACCCGCGGAUUGCAGAAGCAUUGAUGCGUAUGACACAGAGCAUAGCAAAUCUCUUCUACAAGGAGCAGUUGUUGUACUUGUGCGAGAAGCUGCAUAGCCUUCCCAUCGACAACUUCACCUCGCCUGUUCGAAACCUCUGUGAUGCCAUCCUUCGGAACCUGCAGACAAAGUUUCAACUUAAUGGAGAGACCCCAAGCAUCUCACCAUUGAGUCUUUGUAUCCGUCUUCUACGACAGUCGUCAGUGUAUAGUCCGGACUCGCACAUUGCAUAUCCCGAAGUGCAUCAUUUUGCGAUGACCAAAUUCAGGGAUUUGGCUAGAGACGGGCUUGAUCCAGAGGUUCGAAAAGAGUUCUACGCCGAUUGCAUAAAGGAUAUCGCCGCAAAAUCUUCCACAACGCUGGGCACUCUCUGGUGUCUUUCUAUGGCUUUGCGGCCCGCUAUCGCGACCGAGUUGCGUGUCCUAACAACGGAACAUAACCUUACAGCCCUGCUUGUUGAUGAACUUGAGCAUGCAAUCGAACAAGGGAAACAGGCUGGAAUUCCAAUGGUUCUCUGCGAACAUAUCAAUUCUCCUCGCAGAGAGUUAAUUAGCUGCAUUCUUAACCACGAACCUACCACCGUCUCCGCCGAUCUUGGACCACGUCUUUGGGAUAUGCUAGUUGGUCAUGGUACUGCUUGUCAAGAGGAUCGGAAUGCCGGCUGGUUGAUCAUCAAUACAAUUCCAGACUCGGCGCUUGGAAACCCGUUUCUGUCGGUAUGUUUUACUGAGUAUCUGCCUAAUCUUGCGCGCGAUUGUCUCUGCGAAGGCGCGUUACAGUUCGUCAGAAGUGCAGUGCUUCCUCGCGUCAAUGACAUCAACGAUAUCAUACUGGAUGAUGAGGAGAGUCUUGCACAGAGUGGGGUGGAACAACUUUGGCGCAUGAUCCUUGACGCAGACAAUUCGACGCUCGUGGAAGCCGCAAUCCAGACACUCGUGGGAGAAAUCUAUAUUGAUAGCAAGUCCAUCCUGACAUACCCGCAUUAUAGAGCCUGCCAAGUUCACCUUGGCUUGGUCAACCGUUGUCUGAAGCAGAUGGAAGACGCUGCAAAGCGUCUGGAGUCCUUCAACGAUGGAACUCGGAGUGGGGACGACGAGCCUAUGGUUAUCGUGGCGACAGAUGAACAGAUACGGGAGCAAGAGCGCAUCUUUACACGCUCACUUGCAGUUCUUCGGCACUUCCUCAAGGCACACCAAGCCAAGUCCCAUUUCUCUGCUCCUGAUCUUCGCGCUCUUACUCCUGGCUCACCAAGUGUUGCCGAAGGAGAAUCGGCUGAACUUAAGUUCCAAUCUUUUGAUGGCAAUAAACAGACGGACAUAAUACCCUUGGAAGUUGGGCGGCGAAAUACGGCGGCUUCCCUUUUGGCCAGCAUCAGGCAAGCCACUGGUUUCGAAAACUAUCGGAUUUACUAUCGUGGACAUCCAUUCGCACCCAACGAGGUCGAUGUUUGCCGGUCCUUGGAGGAAUUGAAGAUCCACGACGGUCUGAUUUUGGUCAAACGAGAUGAGAAUGGCAUAGCCGCGGCGACUAGGAUCAAGCCAGGUGCCUCUCUUCUUGAGAUUGAAAUUCUGGGACAUUUCAAGCAACUGUGGAAUUACCUGAGUAUGCAGGAGACUCUUGCUAGAGAGAUUCAUGCGUUCUUAAUCAAGCUACCCGCAGAUGCGCAGAUGCUGGCUGCUUUCGAUUCUCCUGACACGUCUUACCAUCAGAUAUUCCCACUGGGGCACACAUUUAAAUCCCUCUACGCUAUAUAUGCGAUGAAGGAAUACAUGGAUUCUGCUGCUCGUCAGUUGAAAGAAGCUACUUCCACCAUAUCCGACGACGAGGUUGCUGUUGAACUUUACCUCGAAGCUUUAGUAAGGGUGCGACACCUAGUUGUAGCAGCUAUUUCCGACCCCGCAAUUAUCGACAGCUGUCCUUCUGAGACAUUGAAAAAUCGGCUGACAUUCAGCUUGAUGAAUGCCUACAUGCUGACUCUUAGAGAGCCAGAGGUCUCCGGCCUCUCCUUCAAGCCCAAGGCUGUAGCCAUAGCACCCGCCAACCGACUAGUCGACAUUCUAAAGUCAGCUGUUAUCGGACGGCGCAGCGACGCCUUAGUCUCUCUUGUAGCAUCAACAUUCACAGCAAUUCUUAGAAGCAUUUCUAUCGACUUGAACUUUUGGACCGCUUUCAAGUCCCUGCCAAAUCUAGAAGAGCUUUUUGGAACUCUCCUUUUGGAAGAACCUUCUGAUACGAUUCGUUCCAACAUUGCCAAAUUGAUUGAGGAGAGAAUUAUUUACCCCGUGGAGCCGACUAUCAAUACUCGCGCUUUCCGUGAAUUUCUUUGGCCGGUCCUUACUGGGCUCAUUCUCAGAGCUACGAAGUUACCAACACAAAGCCAACAAGUCUUCGGGCUAGCUCACACCCUUCUAGUGGAGUUGACUAUUGAUAACCCAAAAGCAGUGGAUAUACCUGAAUUGGCACGGCAAUGCGGUGACCUUUUACUGGAACACGAAUCGAUUGAAGAUAAGAUACUUGGACAUGUCGGGUCUGAGGACACAGUGGCUAGCGGCUUGGCGAAUCUCCUCUCCAGCUGCCUAAGAGGCGAGAUGGACCUGGACGUAGAACAGGAGCUCCCAGAGUCAGUCCAACAGGAUGUGAAGUUAAUGCGCGCGGCUAACAAGCAAAACAGGAAUCUUGGCAGUAGAUUGUUCUGGAAACACCUAUUUCCGCCUCCCCGGCAGCAACACGGCGCAGGCCGAACCUGCAUUCUAUCAACUCAAACUAGAUCAGUUAUGACCGACAUCAUCUUCGAUUUGGUAUGUAACUCGGAGCGAGAGUUGUAUAUGAUGCUUUCCGACUUGGACAGCCUGGUUCCAUUCGAUGAAUUUGACAGCGAUCCAUAUCUUUACGAACUGCAACCACAGUUCGAUCGCAUGUCUGCAGUGAGAGCUGCAUGUGGCUAUGCAGGGCUUCGGAAUCUUUCGAACACCUGUUAUCUAAACUCACUCCUAACGCAACUCUUUAUGAACACCGGCUUUCGCCACUUUAUGAUAAAUGCCCGCUCUUCCGAUCAGCUGCAAUCCGGAAAUCUACUCAAGGAGACACGGAAGUUGUUCGCCUUCAUGCAGGACAGUUCGCGCAAGUUCAUUGACCCUAGCUUACUUGUCGGAUGCAUCAAGACAUACGAGGAGACCCCCAUUGAUGUUCACAACCAGAUGGACGUUGAUGAAUUCUACAAUCUGCUUUUUGAUCGCUGGGAGGGACAGCUUUCAGCGGCAGAGGAAAGAAAAGUUUUGCGGUCUUUCUACGGCGGCCAACUAGUGCAGCAGGUUGCCUCCAAAGAAUGCGAACACAUUUCAGAGCGGCUUGAACCUUUUUCGGCUAUUCAGUGCGAUAUCAAGGGAAAAUUGACAUUGCAAGAUAGUCUUCAAGCUUAUGUAGACGGAGAAAUCAUGGAAGGAGACAACAAGUAUAAGUGCUCGAGCUGUGAUCGGCAUGUCGAUGCAGUCAAAAGGGCCUGCUUAAAAGACAUUCCCGAUAAUCUGAUCUUCCAUUUGAAACGGUUCGACUUCAAUCUUCGCACAUUGAUGCGCAGCAAGAUCAAUGACUACUUCUCCUUUCCCAAAAAGAUCGACAUGCGCCCAUACACGAUUGAUCAUCUCGGCUCCCCUUCUGAUUCCGGUGAAGAAGAUAUCUUCGAGCUUGUUGGCGUUCUUGUCCACGCAGGCACCGCAGAAUCCGGCCAUUACUAUUCGUACAUCCGAGAGCGACCCAGCACCGGUUCUUCCGAGAGCUGGUUCGAGUUCAACGACGAUGUCGUCUCCCCAUGGAAUCCAGCGGAUCUGGAAAAGUCAACAUUUGGUGGUCCGGACAUGCCCUUCGACAAUGGCGUGUCGUACGAUAAGACCUACAGCGCGUACAUGCUAUUCUACCAGCGGUCAUCGGUUUUGAAGGCGGAACAGGAAAAAUUGGAGAGCCUUCGUCUAUCAACUCCUUUGAAAGUCGAGGUUCCCGCUGCCGUCGCCGAGCAUAUUAUGGGAGAGAAUACCAUCCUACUUCGACGCCACUGCCUUUACGACCACAGUCACUCAGCAUUUGUUCUCAAGAUAUUCGAGCACACCCGGAUGCGGAACGGAGGCAGUUGCUCUUCAGUACAUGCCGUAGAGCAGCGGGCGAUGCACAUGCUUCUUGGCCAUCUCGACCAAGUUGUCUCGCGAACCAAGGAUCUACCUUAUUUUGAUCUGUUUCGAGACGAAAUUGAGCAUGCCUGCAUCAACUGCGUUAAGUGCGCGAUGGACUUUUUCGAAUAUUUCCAGGAGCGACACGAAGCAUUUCGGCAGCUUCUUCAGAGAAACCCGGACACCAAUGUCAGAUACGCAGUGGGCAGCAUGUUUAUCACAGCUCUCCGAAAGAUCAAGGCCUCAGAACCUGAGCUUUGGAGCUUGUCUCAAGCAGACAUGAUGGAAGAACCUAUCAUGGUGCAGGUUAUGCAGUUGUUUGACACUCUUUGGAGCAACUUUCACGCUAAUAUUCGGGCUUGGCCUGAAGUUUUUCAAACAAUCCUAUCUUUUGCCAAACUGGGAACAUUGGAGACAGCCUUACUCUUGUCAGAAGACUGGUUUGUCAAGGUGUUGCGCAUUGUUUUCGCGGAUGCAAACUUGGACAUGCCUAAUCAUUACGUCCGAAUGCUUCAGAACGUGAUUCGUCGCGUGAACAACACGCGUGCGAUUCAAUACGAUAUGAUCAUUCAGUUGAUCGACCACUUCAUUGGUUCUCUAGAGGAUGUCCUUGACGCUAACGCAAUCGUGGAUAAUCCUGAGUUGCGGUUGGAAAUUUGCAUGGAGCAACGCCCGCAAAAACUGCCUUGGACACCAGUGGAAGUCAACAUUCUACUUCAUGAGUGGGGCAAAGGAGCCGGCAGCACUUUUAUCAAGAAGCUGAUUGAUCUGAAUCAAGAUCACAUCUCCACGGCAUCUAUCAUUAAGAGGGUCAUGAGCUUGAGCUCCGAGAUGGAGGUCAAAGUCUUCUUCGCAAUCAGGAGCAUGAUUAGCGGGCAAAUCGUGCAGUACUCGGUAGCCCCACAUAUCUCGGCAGCGGCAUUGUUCUCUGAGCAAAGCAGAACCGCCCCUUAUGUUCAGUCCCUUUUCCGCCACAUCGCCGUUCAAUGCCGGAACCUGCAGAACUCGGAAGGCGGUGCCUUUUUGAGUUUCUUCAAGCUGGCCUACGCCAGUUUGCAAACCGACAGCGACGAGGUUAAGGUUGGCCGGUAUUCCUUGUAUAUCGACCAUAUCCCUGUAUGGGCACCUAGCCUGCUAGGUUACUAUGACCCCGAAAUACGACGCGAGACGGAAGAAUUCUUGUCUUUGUGGCUGUCGAGCCACGCGCCGGAGAGCAAUGACGACAAGUUUGCAAUUACUGUGAACAUGGCUGCCCGAAAGCUUGCCAUGAAUUGCUUACUUUACAUCAGAGAGAACUUCGUGCAGAGGCGGGCCCAAGUAGCGAAGCAGGCUACUGAAAAUCUGCAAAGUAUCAUUUUCGCAUGCGAACCGUAUUUUCAGAUUGAUGUCGAAGCCGAGGGGGAUCGCAUCGUAACGCAGACCGAAUUCCAGGAUAUUUUUCGCUCAAUUAUUGAGCCACUCCGACGCAUGACGGUGGAAGAAUUGGAGGAUGAGGGCUCCGGUAUGUCCCCAGGACUCUACAGUGACUCGGAUACAAUCGCCUCAGGACCAUGA